UAUACAAUACAAAUUAGAUAUAAAUUAAAUAUUAAAUUUAUAAAAACAAAAUAUAGGUACCUAUACCAAUCUUACAUGUAUCGGAAUAUUGGAUGUAUAUAAAUUAUAGCCAUAGGUUACCUAUCUAUUAUACAGGGGCAUGUCUGGAAAUCUUUCCGGGAGGGGGGGGUCAAUUUUUAUUGAGGGGGAGGGUUGAACACCCAAGUCCUCCCCCCUAGGCACGACUCUACUUAACUAAAAUAGUAAAAUAUUCUGUAGUAACACGAUAAGAAUAUUUUAUUUUAUUUUGAGUUAACCAAUAAGUAUUUACUUAAACUUAUAAUACAUAUAUAGUACUUUAAUACAGCUUAUAAUUAUUUUCCAAAAAUUAUAAUUAUAAAUAUAAGUUAUUAAGGGGGACAAAUACAAGGAAACAACCUGUGUCUUAUCCUUGUGCAUUAUACCGUAUAAGUACAUUGUAUUCAUAUAUUACAUAAUAAAUAGGUAGGUAUAAAUGUAUAAUAUAAGUAAUAAUAAUAACAGACAACGUCAUAAUACUGUAAUGUGUGUUAAGUGUGUUAUUAAAUAUGUUAAUUUAAAAUAUAUUUUAAAACAAAAUAACUGUCAAACAAAUAAUGAACCUUUGCCUAUAUUUAUAGUUUUACAGUGAGUGAACAUACGUUUUAAUACUAUCAACUGUACCCACGGGCCAAGGCCCACGACUAUAGAUAAAUAUUAUCUAUAGCCGUAUGUCCAUGUGAUUACUGUUGUAGUAGGUACCUACUGGCUACUCUACAGAUUUUGCAUUCUACAUACUUUGUAGCUAAUUGUUUCAAGCUGAAAUAUUUUGCUUUAAGAAAAUGACGUGUAUACCUAUAACCUAUUAUGAAAAUAGUAUUGUCAUUCUUACAUUUUUCACCUGUAGUGUAAUUUUUUUCAUCACGAACCGCUAUAAUAGCUAUAAGUGCUUUUAGUAUCUAACGCAUUAAAUUUACCUAAUAUUCAGAAGGUAUAACUACUUAAAAAGUCUAAAAAUUAUACUUUGUGGCAUUAAGUUUCUGUAUUCUGACGUCACGUGACGUCAAGUCUACACAUUUUUAAAAGUGAAAGUGAUCAUAAAAAGUAUAAAGUAAGUGGCGUUAUAGCAUUAUAUAGGUACAUAACAUAGGUGUCUUGUGGCUCGUGUCUAAGUGUCUUUCAAAACUAUACCAAGAAGAAAACUUCAGAAUGACUAUUCUCAAUUAUAUACCUAUGUUAUAAAUGUAAGAUAAUAACAUCCAAAUCGAUAUUGUUUCGAUAAGUAACGGAGGAAGAUUUUAAAAUAAUAUGGUUUACUUUAGGUGUCUAAUCAGUUAUUACCCUUAGCUCCUCGAUUCCUAUUUAUAAAUGGAGAUGAUUUAUAAGUAUGGCAAAAGUCAAAUAGCAGCCAGAUUAAGUAGUUUUUGCCUUUUUGGGAUCCAUAGCAAAAUGCAAUAAUAUUAUUAAUUAGUAAUCACUGAAUUAAGUUUAUCAACCUCAUAGGGUUGUAUAUAAUAUAGGUAGGAAAUUAUCACAGAUACUAGAAAACCAAUUACUCCUACUAUAUUUGGCCAGCGGAAAAAACUUAUAAAUAAUUAAGUAGUCAAGUGCAGUUUAACUAUAGUAACGUAAUACUUUUACUAUAAUAAACAUUCUUAAAUUCAUAAUUACACAAUAAACUAAAUUAAAACCAACAGUAAGUUAUAAUUAGAUAAAUACCUACCUAAAAACAUUAUUAUAUUGGUACCUUUUUAUUUUUAAAAACUGUCGCCGAACACCGCUUACAACAUGGUACGAGCAAACAAGGUGAAAUUGGUAAUGGAAAUCAUGGAAAACAUAUUACACGACACAUCAAAACCGUGGACGAAUUUCUUUGGGCGUGUGGAAACGCGGACCGGCGUACCCAGGUUAAAACUCCUGAUAGGAAUUCUGCUGGUCACGUCGGUCAUCCUGCUCGUUUUUGGAACAAACGCGAUGGCGUUGAGCAACGCCAUCGGAUUGAUAUACCCAGCAAAGGCGACGGUGUCGCUAAUGAUUUCGCCCCCGAAGAGGCAGAAUUACGCUCCCGCCGCCGCCGCUGCCGAAACCCAAAACAAAAAGUUCACGUACUGGCUUACGUUCUGCGCAGUCUUGAUCGUAGAGCAGUACUGCGGAUUCGUAUUAUUCCUAUUUCCGUGGUACUUACUGUUGAGGACAUUAUUUUUGAUAUGGUGUUCCACGCCAAUCCGAAACAGCGGUGCGGCUUUCAUAAACGCCAAGGUCAUAUAUAGAAUCUUCAAGGAUUGUGGUAAACAGCAGCCUACGCGAAGGCCUCACGUCAACAUUAACUGUUCCAAAAUCCAAAACUUGACGCAACACCGCCAACCAUAUCGGCGAAAUUGUCUGCCACCUCGGCGAUCACCUCAGACGACAUCUUGGAGGUCGGCACUUCGGAAAUGA